CAGUCGGUAGUAUUUCAACGAUUGCCGAUAGACUCGGUAUACAGUAUAUCCAUAGUGUAUUUAUCGUACGAUUAUUGAUUUUUCAUACCAAACAAUCGAAAAUUUCAAGAAGAAUAAAAUGAAAUCAUUCAUCGUACUCAGUUUCAUCUCCGUUCUUGCUGUUGUGACUUUGGCGGAACCCGACUAUGGAUUCAAUAAAUAUCUUAAUGCAUUGCCGUCGAAUGUACAAGAAAAAUGUUUGAAGGAAUCCAAUCUCGAAGCUGAGAAGAAUAAGUUGCUUACCGAUGAAACAUCUGUAGAUCCCGAAAAAAUGAGCUGCUUUAUCGCUUGUAGCCUUAAGGAAAACGGUGCAUUGGUGAACGGAGAACUUAAAUUCGAUGUAUUAACAGAAAUAAUCCAGAAAUUGUUCCCCAAAAAAGAAGAAAAAGGUGCUGAGAGGUUGGAGAUCACACAAAAUUGCCUUUCAGAAGGAACUGGUUCGAAUGAUUGUGAGAAGAUAGGUCGCCUUAUCAAGUGCAUUCAAAUCAAGUUAAAAGAAAAAGGUCUUUAAAAGAUAAGAACAUUGAAAGAUUCCAUUUUAGCUUUGACAUCGACAAAAACUAUACUUCUUUCCAGCAUGCCAUGUUUUUUUCCUCAUAAUAUGCUUGUAUUAAUGUUUUUAUCUUUUUUAUAAUUCUCAAUGAUAUACUAACCAUUCCUCGCUAAUUAUAUACAAUACAUUUCAA